AUGAGUCUUACUUCAGCUAUCAAGUCAAAUAUCCAGGGAGAUGUUUGGCCCGGUCUCCCCAAAAGAUUCCAAUCGUUCCUCUUCUUCCGUGUUCGAAACCAAGUUGAUUUCAAGAACCGCCUGAAAACAUUUAUUCCCAAGAUCACAACGGGCCAAGAUGCCUGUGAGAUGAGCAAGAUCAUUAAGAAGGCAAAGCAGGAGGCCGAACUCACAAAGAGAUCCGCUAAGCUUCAAGGCUUACCUGGAAUCAACAUUGCCUUUACCUCGACCGGUCUCGAAGCACUUGGAGCAUUUGUGAAUGUCAAGGAUCAGACCCUCGUUAAAAAGGACAGAGAGCUAUCUAAAGUCUUCCGGAAUAACCAACUUCGUGGUGGACUGUUCGAAAAGGGCAUGUAUGCAGAUCUUGUGGGUGAGGGGUGGGAUAACCCCCAGGAGCUUCGAGAGGAAUACAAGCCCACCAGCAAUGACGAGAGACUUAUUGAUGGUGUGAUCAUGGUGACCGCAAGCCUGAAGCGUGAUUUGGAUACCAAGAUCAGCGAGGUGAAGCAACAUUUCCUAGCCGAGGAGGGGGAAGCUCUCAACCCAGACACCUAUGUCCUCAGUAAGGACCCUGCUAUCGAGUUGACCCUGACCAGAGAAGGGAACGUUCGCCCAGGCGCGAUGAAAGGGAAAGAACACUUUGGAUUCAAGGAUGGAAUCAGCCAGCCUAUAAUUGAGGGCUGGGAUGAAAGGCAACCCGUGGGAAAGGAACCCAAAGCCACAAAGUCAGGAUUGAUUGUUUGCGGGCAUGAGGGCGACCCUAUGGGCCAACCGGCAUGGGCCAAAGAUGGCAGUUUCCUUGUUUUCCGUGACCUCCAGCAACUUGUUCCUGAAUUUGACGAGUUCAUGGAGGAAAAUGCUAAGCAUGCGCCUUUCGCUCAAGACCACCCCAAGCCAGCCGAAAAGCUUGCUGCGUACUUGAUGGGAAGAUGGAAGAACGGAACCCCUGUGGAUGAGUCUCCCCAUGAUGACUCGGACGAAAGCCUCUUCUCAUCGAACAACUUCGACUACCACCCUGUUGAGGAGCACAACAAGUGUCCCUUCGCGGCACACACCCGCAAAAUGAGACCACGAGCCGACUUGGAGCACGACCAUGCUGUUAUUAUCCGUCGCGGAAUUCCAUAUGGCGAGGAAGUAUCAGCCGAAGAAAUGACUGAUCGAAAGUCGGCCGCGGACAAAGAACGCGGGCUUCUGUUCGUCUGCUACCAGAGUGACAUCCGAAAUGGAUUCAACUUCUUGACUACCCGCUGGGCAAGCAACCACCACUUCCCCGACCGCAAGAGCAACUUUGUCGGUGGUGAAGGUCCGGGUAUUGAUGCGUUUGUGGGUCAGAGACUGGACCACCACCCGCCUCGCUCUAUCGGUCUCCCUGAUGGCAAAUAUCCUACCGAGGCCCGCAUGCCCCUGGAUAGCUGGGUUGUUCAAAGGGGAGGUGAUUACUUCUUUGUGCCUUCUAUCUCAACUUUGGAGAACGAGCUCACAGGUCCUGGUAUCUUUGACCAGGAGAAACUGGCCAGUCUUCGUGAAGAAAACGCCUAA